CUGUGUGUGGAGCAGAGUCAACAUGGUACCGACUGACUUCAGCUGUGAUACCCUGAGUUAGACACUCCUCCUACACCUCUACGCACCACAUUUCUGGACUGUUCAGACACGAAUGAAAUAGCUAAAACUGUACAGUGCAGUGUGCAGGUGAGAGGUUGCGUUUCUGUGAUCUGCUGCAGCUCCUCUCCUGUUUCACCUCCUCUCCCCUCCACGCUCUGCUCACAUCAAUAUGGCCAGCGGGGAUGACGAUGACCCCAUUAUAGAAGAGAUUGAUGUGUACCUUGCCAAAAGCCUUGCAGAUAAGCUGUAUCUUUUCCAGUACCCCGUCCGACCAUCCAAUAUGACCUAUGAUGAUGUCAACCACUUAGCGGCUAAGAUCAAACCCAAACAGCAAAGGGUGGAGUUGGAAAUGGCUAUGAACACAAUGAGUCCAAACUACUGUCGCAGCAAAGGAGAGCAGAUAGCUCUGAAUGUGGACGGGACGGCUUAUGAAGAAACCAACACAUAUUCAGCGAAAAUGAUGGAUAAACAGACCUUUUCCUCCAUCCAGGCCACCACCAACACCUCCAGAUAUGCUGUUGCUGUAUUUCGCAAAGGUGAGCUUCACGUCACACCUCUGACGGGAAUCCUCCAGAUGAGACCCAGCUUCUCUUACCUGGACAAGGCUGACACUAAAACCAGAGAGAGGGAGGCAGCCAAUGAAGGUGGAGAUUCCUCACAGGAUGAAGCAGAGGACGACGUCAAGGCUAUCACGGUGAGGUUUGCUCGUCCUGAGUCGGAGCAGGCUCGGCAGAGGAGGAUCCAGUCGUAUGAGUUCCUCCAGAAGAAGCAGGCGGAGGAGCCCUGGAUUCACCUGCAUUACCACGGUGUCAAGGAUAGCCGCUCAGAGCACGAACGGCAGUACCUGUUCUGCCAGUCAGUGGAUGCCUCAGAGAACUCUGAACUGGUCAAAUCUCCUAAGGAGUACCUGGCAAUGCUGAUGCCCCCUCUUGCAGAGGAAAUAGUUGUGAAGCCUGCUGGUCCCAGUAAUGUUCUUUCCAUGGCUCAGCUCCGCACUCUGCCACUGGGAGACCAAGUCAAGACCCUGAUGAAGAAUGUCAAGGUGAUGCCGUUUGCUAACCUGAUGGGCCUGCUCGCCUCUGGCACGGACUCGACCGCUGUGCUGCGCUGCAUCCAACAGGUGGCGCUGCUGGUUCAGGGGAACUGGGUUGUCAAGAGUGAUGUUCUGUAUCCUAAAAACACCUGCAGUCCUCACAGUGGCGUUCCUGCUGAAGUGCUCUGCCGUGGUAGAGACUUUGUGAUGUGGAGGUUCACUCUGGAGCGCUCUGUGAUGAGAAAGGAGAUUACAUCCAUCAUCAAACUUCCUCCAGAGGAUGUGAAGGAGUUCCUGGAGCAUGUGGCAGUUCCUCGAGUCAACCGUGGCUGGGAGUUCCUGCUGCCUACUGAUGUAGACUUCAUUAAGAAACACCAAGAUGUUGCCCACAGGCAACACAUGCUGUGGCUUGGCAUCCAGAGCAAGUUGGAAAAGGUCUUUAACUUCUCUAAAGAAGACUUUGUGCCAAAGAAUUCUCCUCAGGCUGAGCUUGUCCAUGUCAGCGGGGAGCAGCGCCUAAAGAUGGCUCAGGAGCGUGCACAAGAGAAGCAGUCUUCCCUACAGAAGGACCUGGACUCCAAGCGGGCAGGAAGCAGCGUCCGCAUCAAACAGGAACCCGAAGACGAACCUAUGGACACUUCCCCUUCCCCGUCCUCCUCCGCCAUCCUCAACGGUUCGGUCAAUGGUUACCCCGGCUUCGAUCACACCAAUGGUAACGGGGGAAGUCCUGCCAAUACGUCGUCUCAGGAGCUGCUGGACUUUGUGAGAAAGACUUUCAGGAAGCAUUUUGUACUGACGCUGAACGAGUUUAAGAGGCUGUUUAACCUCCACCUGGCUUCAAUGCCGGUGGGACGGAGCGUCUUCCACUCCAUCUCGGACCACAUGCUGCAGGACGCCAUACUGCUCUGCCAGUGCAAACAGAUAAUGGUUCCUUUUCCUGCUCAGAGCACAGCCGCCUCUGAUGAACAGAAGGUGUUUGGUUUGUGGGAGACUGGAGAGGAGUUCGACAAGCACCGUCGACUGCUCUAUGAACUAUUCACAAAGAACUACCGGAUCAGGAGAAAUAUGAUACAAGUCAGAGUGACGCAGGAAUUUGGAGAUGCCUCUAAAGCGGACAUUGACCGGCUGCUCAAUGAGUGCUGCAGCAGCCACGCAGGGAUGUGGUACCUUAAGGGAACGAUACAGUCCUGACACUGAGAGUCUGCCCCCUGCGAUCACCAUCAGCCAAUCAAAUCCUCUUCCCAGGUGUCCAGUGGGAUGGCAGUCAAGACAGAUGAGAGGCAAUCACAGCUCGCCCAGCUCUGACGGCGGGUGAUUGGAGAACAAAGAUGUCAGCCGCCUGCUCUGUUCAGAACAUGACGCUUUUCUCGUUUCACCUGAAGCAUUUACCCACAGUAACACGAGCACUCUGAUGCAGCGCGGAGGAUAGGAACUCCUCACACACUCACACUAAGAGCUGGAGUGUCUGAGGGGGGGAAAUACGAACAUAGUUUUCAGUAGAUUUUUGGAUUUAUGACCUCAUCUUCGAUUAUUUUUUAAUUAAACCUUUACCAGAUCAGGAUUAUGUUUACUAUUGAAAGCAACUGUGGCUCAAAGUGCUUUCAUUUUACUCCUGAUUUGUAAAUAUUGCCAGAGAAAACAUGUUUUACUUUAUCGUAUCAUCAACAAAGGAAACAUUGUUUAAAGCUUUGAGGGUAAAAAACUUAAACCUUUUAAGAAGUGAACCUGAUUUAUUUUUCAUCCAGAUUGGCUUGGUUAAGGAAUAUCAACUGAAUAGAAUAUUUAUUUCAUCCUCAAUACACAAAUGAAGGGGUGAGCUUUAAGGUCGAAUGUUACGUUUGCUUAAUUAAAAUGUUUGAAGGCACUUCAAGAAGAAACUUUGCCAAACUCAUGAGUCAGCAAACCUGAAACAAAAAGGGAAAAAAGAUGUAAUGAUACAAAAACGAACAGUCCCUGAUGCAACUUAAAUCACUUAAUGUUUUUGGCAAUCAUGGACCUGGAAACGUCUUCAUUGAAUGUGGCUUUUCCCCACAAUUCUGUGUUAUUCAGUCAAACGUGUGCUGGAAUAUAUAAAUUAGAGGAAAAGUGUAUUAAAUGGCAUGUUUCUGGUUGAAUGUAGAGUUUCAAAUGGUUUUCCUUUGAGAGAAACAGAUUUUGAUGAUGAUCAAUAAAGAUGCAAUUUUGAAUAA